GCUCCCUCCGUCCCGGAUGUGGCUGGUCUUCUUCUGGCCCGUCCCCGGGUAGCUGCUUGUUGUCCUAAACAAAGUGAUACUUCUAUCCUGCAAAGGCCCACUUAAUGGCGCCGCUAAGCUAAAACUGCUGUCUUUUGCGGUCCAAAAAAAAAAAGAAUACCUGAUAAAGAACCGCCUUUUCCGACAUGGGUCCAGGAUAAAAGAUAUAGAAUAUUCCAGAAGCACCGUUGACUGCGGGGUUUCCAGUGCGGCCUGGUGCGGCUAACAAGCCUUUAACAGCCGGCUGGAGGACGCACAACAAGUCACCGGCUGUUGUGUACACAGAACAUAUUACACUGCUCAUAUACUUCUCUUUCAGUUCCCUCUCCCCCAUCACCAUUCCCGAUUCUGUUCUGGGCGACUUCAGACCAGUGUCAUCGCCAAGAUAGCUGGGCCAGGCAGGAAGCGGCACAGCUCAGAUCCAGACUCCAGCAGCGGCAGCGGUAGCGAUUCCAGCGACGGGCGGCCUCUAAGCGCCAAGUGUCUGAAGAUGUCCUCCGGCGGUGGUGGCUCUGGGACGGCGAACCGCCGCGGCGGGGCUCAGCAUCAGCAGAGGGGAGGCGGCGACCACAGGUCAGAGCUGUCCUCCUCCAGUACCAACAAGAAGAAGCAGAAGGACAGAGCUAACCAGGAGUCCAGAGAGGCCAAGAAAGCUGCCGCUGCUGCAGGAGUGGAUGGAGUCCUUGCAGAGGUCAAAAAAGAUGUGUUUGUGGACUGGAAACAAAACGCCAGUGAAGUGAUCAUCAAGCUGCGCUGUGGUGAAAGUGUGCAAAGGAUCGAGGAUGUCAACACAACCUUUACCGAUACUCACUGCCAUGUGCGCUUCCCAGAUGAGCGCCAGUGGUCGUGCUACUUACAGGAGGAAAUAGAGGCCUCCUGUAGUCGGCUCCAGUACAAGGAGAAGGGAGGUUUCCUCUUGGUCAUUCUGCACAAGAAGAUUCCUUUUCAUAUUUGGCCUUCACUAAAAUCCAACAAGAAGGAGAAAGAGGGCCCACCCCCAGAGACCAAAAAUACCAAGGAGCCGGAGACAAGGCCAAUUGCUCCAGAGUCGUCAGAUAAGCUCAAGUCCUCCCCGUCACCUCUGCCUCAGGCUUCCUCUUCCCCUUCACACAGUGCAUCACGCUUCAAAGCUGAACGAGGUGUCAAACGCCAGCUGAAAAACAAACAAGGGUGUGAGAAAAUCUCCACGGACUCUACAGUGGUGCAGACAACAGAAGCAUCCGGGGCCGACAGGUCUGCUUCACCUAAACCCGCCUCGGUUCAGAAAGGCAGCCAGCAGUCUCAAGAACCCAGUGCCAAGCGCACCACUGCACAUCCUCCGAGGACAUCCAAGGAGGCCAAGUCUACUACUGACUCAGUCCAGACCAGAACCUCACAUGCAUACUUGCCUGCUGUUGAGCACCCUCAAACAAAACACAGUGAUGGAGACAAAAGUGUGGACAGAUUAGGUAGCGUGGAAGAACAUAAACAGUUUGUUGCUACUGCCAGCAAUACCAACAAAUCUCAGGUGGUGGAGCAACAACAUGUCUCUUCAGUCACAGGGGACAAGUCGGGAACAGGGGAUCGUAAAAAGCAACCAGCAGCUCCUCCUGCAAACACAAGUGACUCCCUCAAAACUUUGGGCUCAAACCACCCCGUGUGUGCUCCAGAAAGGGGCAUGGACAUAAGUGACUCAGACUCAGAAUCAGAGAAAAUGUCCUUGGAGCAAGAAUCAAUGCAGGAUACUCAAACAAACCAGCAACCGGAUUCAAGCGGAGCAGCGUCAGUGCCAGCCAAACAAGAGCCAUCGGAGGAGGGUCUGGCCCAGAUGCAGAGCAGCUGUGAUGGAGAGGAGAAGCGCGACCAGUCCAAAGACGAGCCACCUCUUAUCAUACAGCCACAGGAAGCACAAGAGUCCAUGGUAAAUGUGCAAAAUGUGAAGAACAACUCGUACGAGAAAGGCACAGACUUGAUGGUGGUGAACAUCUACAUGAAGGGCAUCUGCAGGAGUACAGCCAAGGUCCUUUUCAGGGAGCAGGACUUCACCUUCAUCUUCCAGACAAGUGAUGCAAAUUUUCUUCGGCUUCACCCGGACUGCGGACCAAACAGUGUUUUCAAGUGGCAAGUCAAACUCAGAAACCUGAUACAGCCUGAGCUGUGCAGCUACUCCUUCACUGCGGCCCGAGUGGACAUCACUUUGAAAAAGAGGCACAGCCAAAGAUGGGAGGGUCUAGAAGCCCCCGCCACACAAGGUGCAGUGGGUGGCGCCAAGGUGGCUGUGCCCUCUAGCCCCGCCUGCAUGGAAAAGAGCCAACCAGGCAGCAGCCAGCAUAGCCUGCCAGCCAAGGAGGAGCCCCCCAGGGUUGGUGAAGAGAAACCAAAACCCCUAAAGGCCCCGCCCAGAGUGGAAGAUAGCGGUCUGGAAACCGUGGCCUCUCGUACUGUGUCAGACCAUGUUGCCAUUACAAAAUCGGAGCCCACUGUAACGACACCUAAGCCGACUUGCAUGGUGCAGCCUAUGUCCCAUGCUCAUCCCGCUAGCAAUGAGCACAACGAAGAGGAGGAGGAGAAAAAAGUGUGCAUGCCCGGUUUCACGGGAUUGGUCAACCUGGGAAACACUUGCUUCAUGAACAGCGUCAUCCAAUCCCUGUCCAACACCAGAGAGCUCAGGGAUUACUUUCAUGAUCGGGGAUUUGAGGCAGAAAUCAACUGCAAUAAUCCGCUUGGAACAGGAGGCAGGCUAGCUAUUGGCUUUGCUGUGCUGCUUAGGGCCCUGUGGAAAGGAACGCACCAUGCCUUCCAACCCUCUAAGCUCAAGGCAAUUGUGGCCAGUAAAGCCAGUCAGUUUACUGGCUAUGCCCAGCAUGACGCCCAGGAGUUCAUGGCUUUUUUGCUUGACGGCCUCCACGAGGACUUGAACCGCAUUCAGAAUAAACCGUACACGGAGACGGUGGACUCAGAUGGUCGCUUGGACGAGAUGGUGGCAGAGGAGGCUUGGCAGAGGCACAAGAUGAGAAAUGACUCGUUCAUCGUAGACCUCUUCCAAGGCCAGUUCAAAUCCAAGCUUGUCUGCCCUACAUGCUCCAAGGUGUCUAUAACCUUUGACCCCUUCCUCUACCUGCCUGUCCCGUUGCCGCAGAAACAAAAGGUGCUUUCGGUUUUCUACUUCGCCAAGGAGCCGCAUAAAAAACCCAUUAAGUUCUUGGUGAGUGUGAGCAAAGAGAACUCCAGCACCGCAGAAGUCCUUGAAGCCAUCUCCAGGAGUGUUAGAGUCAAGCCUGAGAACCUUCGACUGGCAGAGGUGGCCAAAAACAGCUUCCAUCGCAUGUUUCUGCCCUCCCAUUCACUGGACACUGUGUCGCCAUCGGACAUGUUGUUCUGCUUCGAGGUGCUCUCCAAAGAUCUGGCGAAGGAGAAAGUGUUUUUACUCCGAGUGCAGCAGAGACUUCAAGUCCCCAAUAUCCCCAUCUCAAAGUGUGCCUCCUGCCUUAAGCCUCCAGUGUCUGAGGAAGACAAGCUGAAGCGAUGCACUCGCUGCUAUUGUGUGGGCUACUGCAAUCAACAGUGUCAGAGGACACACUGGCCCAAUCACAAAGGUGUGUGUCGACCCAACACUGAAUAUGUGGGUCUACCUUUCCUGGUUAGCGUACCAGAGUCCCGACUGUCAUACAGCCGCCUCACUCAACUCCUGCAUGGUUACUCCAGGUUUUCUGUCAACGUAUUUCAGCCUCCUUUCCAGUCAGGCAGGACAUCCCCUGAACCAUCUCCCAUUCUCUCCAUGCCGCCGGCAGGCUCUCUGUGCUCAGGCGAUGAGGCCACAGGUGGUAGUUGUAGUACUGUUGAAGCAAGUGACUGUGGCCCAGAGUGUGUCACUCCAAUGCAGGACUCCCUGACGGAGCACAUCCAGACCCCAGCCUCUGGGGACUCUGCUACCCUCACUCCCUCCAAAACAUCUCUCUCAACCACACAGACGUCAGACUCCGGAUUCUGUGAGUCCAUCUCCUCUACUUCCUGCUGCUCUCUGGACACCCAUGUUGAAAAAGAAACCUCUUGUGAGAAAGCAGUACGGCCAGAAGCUGCAGUAACAGGGUAUCAACAACCUAAUGGUACCUCCCCAGGGCACACGGGUCAGUUCCACAUAGCUGUGCUGGAUUCAAACAACAAGGAGCAAAGGCUGGAUGAAAAAGAAGACAUGGUGCUCGACCUGCCGGAAGACGCAACUCUGGAGCUAGUGUGGAAGAACAACGAGCGUCUGAAGGAGUACGUGCUGGUGAGUUCCAAGGAGAUGGAGUACGAGGAGGAUCCAGGAUCUUUGAGUGAGACGGCCCGAGCGGGACAUUUCACACUGGAGCAGUGCCUCAACCUCUUCACCAGGCCAGAAGUGCUGGCUCCAGAAGAGGCAUGGUACUGUCCAAAGUGCCAGCAGCACCGCGAGGCCUCCAAGCAGCUGCUGCUGUGGCGUCUUCCCAACAUCUUGAUCAUCCAGCUCAAACGCUUCAGCUUCAGGAACUUCAUCUGGAGGGACAAGAUCAACGACAUGGUGGACUUUCCUGUCAGAAACCUGGAUCUGAGUAAGUUCUGCAUCGGCCAGAAGGAUGAAAUGCAGCAGCCGCCUAUCUACGACUUAUAUGCAGUCAUCAACCACUACGGGGGGAUGAUUGGUGGCCACUACACUGCGUACGCACGGCUGCCAAGUGACAAAAACAGCCAGCGCAGUGAUGUUGGCUGGCGUCUCUUUGAUGACAGCACUGUCACAAUGGUGGAGGAGAGCCAGGUGGUGACGCGCUAUGCCUACGUACUUUUCUACCGGCGACGGAAUUCGCCCGUGGAGAGGCCCCCGCGCUUUCUCAGGCCCGUCGGCGCAGAUUCCCCCCCUUCCAUGGGAGCUACUGCCAGUCAGGCCUCUCUAAUAUGGCGGGAACUGGAGGAAGAAGAGGAAGAGGGCCUUGAUGAAGGCCCGCGUGGAGCAUUCCGCUCUGGUCUGCGGCGGCGGCCACAGCAAAUGCACAGGGCGAGGGAUGAAGAAGAUGAAGACAGGGAACGGCACAGGAGUCAUCGCAGUCCUGACGACGACCGUGUACGAUAUUUUGUCCUGGGCACCAUGGCCGCCGUGUUUGCCCUUUUGAUCAAUUUACUUUAUCCUCUCCUUCACAAAGCCAAGUGGGCCUGAGCUGCACUAAUCUUUCAAGGGCUCAACGCUUGGCAUGCAAGCUAGAUCAAAGGAGGAAAUAAAGGAAGCUGCUGAUGUUCUGACAGUGCUGUGGACCCUCAGCUCAUUUCUAGAAGAUAUGAUCCUACAUUUGCACAAGGAAUCACAACCUGAACUGGACAUCAGCUCUUGUUUUUGUUUUUUUUCUGCAUUUCUUAAGCUUUUGUCUCUGUCAAGUCAAAAUUCUUCUUUUCACCACUUGAUGCAGUUUGGUUUAGUUUUGUUCGUGGGUUUGCUUUUGUCGCUUGGGAAAGCUGGCACUAAAUGGUCGGCAGUGGAGACAUUUCCAUUGAAUCAUCGACACAAAAUUCCAACAAAUCGCGUCUUGAAUCAAUGUUUGAGCUACGACGGUCUGCAGUACUCAGGUCAACCACUCAGGGAGAAUAUCUGAUCAAAGUUAUGAUUGUUGAUAAAAGCCCAGCGCAUGAUUAUUAGGUCUUAAUAGCUGCGUUUUUCUGAGAUGUUAGCGACAUGUCCUGGACGCAUUUGUCUUUUUAAGUACUUUGUUUGCAGGCUGUGUCAGACUUUAUCAGGAUCAUGAAUGCUUCACGCUUAGCUCUAGACCAGGGAUGUUCAACUAAAUUGAUUUCGAGGCCACAUUUUCAGAAAGCUAAGAACUGGGGGAGGCCAGGCUUUUCCCUUCUUUUUUAGUUUUAUUUGUAUAUUAUGGAGAACCAACGUCUUCAACAUUAAACAUUGAUUAGUGUUUUUUUUUGGAGUCUGCUUCCAAAAUGUGAGCCGUCUAACACAUUUUUUAACUGAACUGUCGGGCUACCAGUUGAAUAGCCCAAAUUAUAAAAAAGAGAAGACCUAAAAUAGAACUAUGACCUUAUAACUAAAGACGUUGAACCAAUGAAUAACCGACUGCAUCUGAAGUAAACAAGCUACAGCAACACCUUAGUUACAUAAAUCACAUUGAAAAAAAACCUAUAACUGCCAAAAAGGAGAGGACUCAAAAGAGGGCCUUGAGGAACACCUCAGUUAUGUAAAUCACAAGUUCGGACCCCAGUGUUCUAUGUUUGCUAGCAGGGUUCAAAUGUCAAUGCAAGGAUCUGCCAAUGUGUUCACAGUGGUCCAAGCCCCUCUAUACAACAGCAGCACUCUAGUGUUUUUAGCAGUUUGCUGCAAAAAUGUUUGUCUCCCAAUUUUUGAACUGAACUUGGGGGCCGGUAUGGUGCCAUUCCCGGGCCGGAUUUGGCCCCCCAAGCCGCCAUUUGAAUAGCCCUGGUCUAGACAUUGGAGCUACUAAAAGUGUUAGUGAUGUAAGCAAGUUAAAUGGAGUCCAGCGGAAACUUAAGAAAUUGAGGACUCUAAUGAAAAAUAAAAUAUUGCUUUACUGCGGGGUUACCCCAAACCAUGAUUGAGGAACCUAAAAGGGUCACAAAUAUGUUUUUUUUUUAAAUUGUUUUUAAAUUAUGAAAGGGCAAAUUUUCUAUCAAAUGUGGAUGUCAUAAAUGCACGGCCGGUUUUUAAAUUGGUAGUUUUGUAUAUACGUCUAUAUCCUUAUAUAUGCUUGUAUAUAUUAUAAUGACAUAAAAUGAUCUAUUAAAUCAGAGUGAUCUAUUUUAAAUUUGGGUCUCAGGCUAAAAAGUCACAUUAAAAGGUUUAUAUGUGUAAAAUGUUCACUAGGGACUUAUUGGGAAUACUUAAUGGCAGAGAUGUUUAAUGUGUUGCACUGUUGGCGUCCCCUCAGAGAAUAUCAUUUGGUUGGUAGCUCCCCUUUGUCCACGAAACACACUUUCUACAGCAUAUUUUGCUGUAUUCUCACUGUAAGAAACUGUUUUUUGCCUGUGUUCUUUUCUGUUUUCAAUCAAUGUAUUUUAUUUUAUUUUUUCAAAUGUAUUUUGAUGAUUUAAAUCAUUGUAUGAUGUGUUUUUAGGAAGAUAUUUAAAUACAAUUCUCGCAAUGUUAUUUUGCCUUGAGUAGAACAUGUAAAGCAAUCUAGAGCUCUUAAUUGUCCUCGUAGUAUACAAUAAUAUAUUUGACAGUGGAGAAAUAUUCGGCACAGACCAAAAGUUUGGACACACCUUAUCAUUCAAUGUGUUUUCUUUAUUUUCAUGACUAUAUACCUUGUAGAUUGUCACUGAAGGCA